CGGAGGAGGAGGGAGGAGGAGGGGCCUCGGCGGAUCCUCCCGCUUGACCCUGGGCCGGGAGCUGCGCCUCUUCCCUCCCCUCUUCUCUUCUCCCCUCCCCCCAGGCGGAGCCAACGCUUCGGAGCCCUCCCCCGCUCCAUCCCGGCCCCCAGGCCGGUGCGGGGAGGGCUGUGGCCCGAGGCUGCCCCGGGCGGGCGCUCGGCCAUGUCGGCGGAGGAGACGGUGCAGAUCGUUCUGGAGGGCCGCUGCUACCCCGUGAGCAAGAAGAAGCUCCUCGAGCAGAGCGACUACUUUCGCGCCCUGUACCGCUCCGGCAUGCGGGAGGCCGGACGCCCGGCCUCGGGGGGUCCCGAGGUGCAGCAGCUGCGGGGGCUCAGCGCCCCCGGCCUGCAGCUCGUGCUGGACUUCAUCAACAGCGGAGGGGCUGGGUCUGGCUGGGUCCUGGGCCGGCCGGGAGAGGAGGAGGCGGAGGAAGGCAGCCUGCUGGAGGAGCUGGUGGAAGCGGCCUCCUUCCUGCAGGUCACCCCUUUGCUGCAGCUGCUGCUCUCCCAGGUGCGGCUAGAGAACUGCCUGGAGCUGCACCGCCUGGCCCAGGUGUACGGGCUGCCGGACCUCCAGGGGGCCUGCCUGAGCUUCAUGGCCGCCCACUACCACCAGGUGCUGCGCAGUCCCCAGUUCCCCCUCUCGGCCGCCCCUCCACAGGCUCCGGGGGAGGCCAGCCUCCAGCAGAAGCUGAGGGAGGGCAGGAUGAAAGGGAAGGCCGCCCUCCUGGCCCUGGGAGACUUCUUAGGUGGGCCCCUGGCCCCGCACCCACACCAGGGAGAGCCCAGGUCCAUGCUUAGGUAUGACGAGGCCGCCCAGCGGUGGUUGCCUUUGGCCAACCAGCUGCCCCCUGACCUGGUGAACGUCAGGGGCUAUGGGUCUGCCAUCCUGGACAACUACCUGUUCAUAGUGGGAGGUUAUAGGAUUACGAGCCAGGAGAUCUCUGCUGCCCACUGCUAUAACCCUUGCAAAAAUGAGUGGAGUCAGGUGGCCUCCAUGAACCAGAAGAGGUCCAGCUUCAAGCUUCUGGCUGUGAGUGGAAAACUGUAUGCCAUUGGUGGGCAGUCCGUUUCCAACGUGGAGUGUUACAAUCCUGAGCAGGACUGGUGGAACUUUGUGGCCCCUUUACCAAACCCUCUGGCUGAAUUCUCUGCCUGUGAGUGUAAGGGAAAAAUUUAUGUCAUAGGAGGAUACACUACCAGAGACAGAAAUAUGAACAUUUUGCAGUACUGUCCCACCUCUGACGCCUGGACCAUUUUUGAAGUCUGCGAUGUCCACAUUCGAAAACAGCAGAUGCUGUCCGUGGAGGAGACCAUCUACUUGGUGGGAGGUUGUCUCCAUGAAUUUGGAGCUAACAAAAGGACCAACCAAAGCGAGGACCUGUUGACAGUGCAGUCCUACAACACUAUCACCCGUGAAUGGCUCUACCUCAAGGAGAACACGUCCAAAUCAGGUCUUAACUUGACUUGCACACUGCAUAAUGAUGGAAUCUAUAUUAUGAGCAGAGACAUCACUCUGUCCACGAGCCUGGAACAUAGGGUUUUUCUCAAGUAUAAUAUUUUUUCAGAGAGUUGGGAGCCAUUUAGGCGUUUUCCGGCCUUUGGACAGAACUUACUGAUUUGUUCUCUGUAUUUGCCAAGUGAAACAGAACUAUAACUGCAUUCAAUUUAGGAUAUUGAAAGAACCCAAUUAGACAAGAAGAAGUCAAGUCCCGUUAUAAGAAUGAUUGGCGUUUGCCCAGUUUGCCACGUAGUUAGCCUUUAUACAUCACCUCACUGCUUAGCCAAAUUUAUUUCACUAUUUCAGAAGAUUUGUGGCUUUCAUGAUACUGGUACUCUCUCAGCUAAUGCCAUUAAUAAGUUGAGAAAAACUUAUCAGCAGCCCCUAAAAAGAAUCAGUGGCAAAAUAUGAGUCACCCCAAACAGAACUGGUACUCCAAGUUGUGGGACCAUCCUGGAGGUUCCACCCUUGGGCUCCCUUCAUCAGCCAACCAGCAUUUGUUAAGCACUCACUGUGUGCCAGGCACUGUGCUGGGCUCUGGGCAUCUCCUACAAAAGGUGAGACAAUGCCCCCGGGGCACAGUGAGCUUCUUGGGGGAAGGAGCUUCCUUUGUUAUCCAGAUCAGUGCCUGGCACAAAAUAAGUGCUUAACUUGAUUAACAAAGGAAAAAAUAAGGUUCCAGUACUUCUCCUGUCUAGAGUCUCAUUCUAGGACGUUUAUUUUUUAUCAAAUGACAUCAAUCCCUUUUAUAAAGGGAUAGGAAGAAAAAGGAAAGACGGCUGACUCAAGGGUGGAGACCGUGGGGACUGUACAAAAGUAUGACCAUAAGCAUGAGGGAAGAAAGUGUCCAAGCCUGUACCAUAGUUUUUCUAGUUGUUUAUUCUAGAAAAUGGUGACCCAGAAUUAUAAGGGGCCCCUGGGGGGACGUCAACGUCUCCAUCUGCCACAAUUAGGUGCCAAGAACUUUAGAUUCAGAUUUUGUUAAAGGAUGCUUUGGGGGCAUCAUUCUUCCUGGCCAAUAAUAGCUUUUGCUGGACUACCACAGCCAAGUGUACAAACCAGAGAAGAUUAGCUGAAAGACAGACCAAUUAAUUUAGAUCAUUAAAGCUGUGCCUUAGUAGGGUUUGCUUUUUUGGUCAUGGGAAGAGGGCAUGUUUCAGUUUUCAAACAGGGAUAAGUAAGACCUUAGUUAUGAGGAUCAGGAAAAAAAGAGCACUUUUCACAUACUUAUAUAUGAAGACAUUAAUGAUAUUGACCCAAUACAUACCCUUUGUAAGGGCAUUGCCAUGCUUGUGUCCAGAGUUUUUCCUGCAGGAUGGGACCUACCAGACUUUGAACCCUUCUGACAUAGCUUCCAAGAACCCAGGGACACUUCCAUGCCAAGAUGAGUUGUUAGAGUAGGGCUACAGUGGAGGCUUACUUGAACUAAUGACUUGAAAAUGGAAAAAGAAAAAGAAAAAAAAGAGGCUAACUUUUUAAACCUCAGGUGCGCAUUUACUGAAAGUAUUUUUUAUCCAAACAUGACAUCUGGCAUCCUAUAUAUUUUAAGGAAUGGGACUAACCAACAAUGAGUAGCUGCAUGUUUUUUGCUUGAUUAAGGACCAAAGUCAAUAAAUAAUACAAAUGACAUGAUAUUUAGAUUCUUCUUAAGGCAUCUAAAAUAUUACUAGUAUCUAUGAAUAAUAUUUUUUGACAUUUUAAAUAUUUAAAUAAUUCCAUUCAGUAAGAAAUUGCUAAUUGUCAUUUUUUUGUACAGGGGAACUUUGCUAAGUGCUAGGAAUACAAAAAGUUAAAAGAAAUAGCCCCAGCUAUCAAGCAGCUUUAAAUGAAAAAUGUAAAUUUCAGUUUAAUUCACAUAGCAAAACCCUGCCUGUCAGAGAAACUGUAUCAUAAGGUGAUUUUUAUUAUAAAAUAAAAAUGGAUUUAUUUAA